GCAGUGAUCCAUCUGACGAAGAAUAUGCAGCAUCCAAUCUGUCAGACAUGACAGAAGUUAAUGCUGAUGAUUGUGCUAAAUAUAAUACUCUACUUAUCAGAAUACCUAUUGAUUCUGAAGAUGUGUAUCAAGAAUUUUCAUCAGAAGAAUAUGCAGAAUUUAUGCACAUGUUAACACAGUUCCAUAUACAAGAUCCACUUACCAACGCCUUUAUAAAAUUUUUCAACAAAUACUCAAAUCAUAAUGAUCAUCCAUUACCGUCAACAUUACAGGCCGUACUAGUAUUUAUAGAAAAUCUAAAUCUUCCAAAUUUCGCAUUUAUAAUUGCAGAUUGGCCUAAAGCAUGCAUGAUGUGUGGCGUUUAUGGUUCACCAAAUUCUUUACAUCCAUGUCAUUUCUGCUUGGUAGAAUGUAAUAUGAUGAAUGAUGUUCACAUUGCAAAAGAAGAUAUUCAUAUUUAUAAUGAAAAUGAUAUUAAGAAUGCUUUACGUUAUGAUAAAGAUAAAGAAAUCUCAGUAUAUAAUAUAAGAAAUACUCUGUGA